AUGGACCGCCGCCGCACGCGGCGGGUGCCUACCGACGACGACGGCAGCCCGGACGAGACGGUGCCGAUUAUCACGCGCGAGCAGGGCGGGCACGCGCGCGACUACCAGUCCAUCUCGCCGCAGAUUCGGGCGAAGCACGCGGGCGGGACUGAGAUACCGGGCAAUGGGACCCACCGCGAGCGACAGGAGCGGGAGGCCGAAGCGGCGGCCGUGGCAGCGGAGGCUAAGGAGGGGCGGUGGUGGAAGAAGGUGAUUGAGAAGUAUGGGAGUGUGGAGCUGGAGAACAAGGGGAGCGUGGCUAGGGACCAUUUGGCGUUGGAACGCACCUUCCUCGCCUGGCUCCGCACCUCCCUCUCCUUCGCCAGCAUCGGCAUCGCCAUCACGCAGCUCUUCCGCCUCAACACCGCCAUCGCCUCGCCCAACGACAAGUCCCCCCGCGCAAAGCUCCGCCACGUCGGCAAGCCCCUCGGCGCCACCUUCAUCGCCAUCUCCAUCCUCAUCCUCUUCAUCGGCUUCCACCGCUACUUCGAGUCCCAGCAUUACGUCAUCCGCGGCAAAUUCCCCGCCAGCCGCGGCAGUAUACUGGUCGUUAGUGUGGUGGCCGGCGCGCUGAUUGUCGCGAGUCUGGUGGUCGUGUUGGCGAUUGCGCCGGGGGCGUUUGAGAAGUAG